AUGUCCUACAAAGUAUCCGCCAACGCCCCCCUCUCCAUCUCCUCCUCUUCCUCCGUCUCGGACGAUGACGACGAUAGGGUCUCCGACUGGGCUUCCUCUUUCGGCGAGGCUCAGCAGACAAAGUCUCUCUUCGACGACUCUCUCUUGCCCAAUCCUCCCCUCGCUCUCUGGCACGACCUCGAAAAACACGGCUUUGACCUCAAAGAUGCCGUCGAAAAGCUCAACCUGGACAUGUUUGGGAGAAUCAGGCUGAUCAACUUGAUCAGAAAUGCUGGCUUGAGCAAGGAGCAGAUCUAUGCUCUCAAGUCUGAUGACACCGUCUUCCAGGACGACAACCUCUUGAUUCCCGUCAUUCCUGACGAUCCUUAUCUUCAAUACGACUUUGACGACUCUUGGUCCGAUGAUGAGGACGAGUCUUCCGCCGCUCCUGCUCCUACUACCGGACCUUCUUCUUCCGCCACCGACAACAAGGGCCCUGAAGACGACCGAUCUACGGCUCUGGAGAAGGAACUCGAGAAGGCUAGACGGGACUUGGCGGCCAUGCAAUUGUUGGUCACCAAGACUCUUGGUGCCGAAGACGACGAUGAGAAGACCGAAUUGAAAGACGAAAAGGCCGAUGGAAAGGGCAAGGGCAAGGCUGCUGUCAGGGAUGAUGACUCGCACUACUUCCAAUCGUACGAGGAGAAUGGCGAGUCCUUCUCAUAUCGAAUAUCCAUUCACGAAAUCAUGCUGAAGGACACUGUCCGAACCGUUUCCUACGCUCGAUUCCUGCUUUCCAACCCUCAGAUAUUCAAGGGCGCUACAGUCAUGGACGUCGGUUGCGGUACCGGAAUUCUGUCCAUGCUCGCCGCCAGAGGUGGUGCCAAGCACGUCUACGCUAUCGAGGCUUCCAACCUGGCGGUCAAGGCUCGCGAGAACAUAAAAAAAAAUGGAUUCGCAGAUGUUAUCACUGUCAUCCAGGGCAAGGUUGAGGACAUCCAGUUGCCAGUGAAGGAGGUGGAUGUCAUCGUCAGCGAGUGGAUGGGAUACAUGCUGUUGUACGAAUCCAUGUUGGACUCUGUAUUGGUCGCGCGAGACCGAUUCCUCUCCCCCACCGGUCUCAUGGCUCCCUCUCAAACUCGUCUCGCCAUCUCUGCCAUCACUGGCGAGCGCGUCUUCCGAGAGCGUGUUCACUUCUGGUCCUCUGUCUAUGGCUUCGACCUGACUACCAUGGGCGGCAUCUCCUUCGACGAGGGCCUGAUAGAAGUUGUCGACGCUGAAGAGAUUGUCACUACCGAAUCCAUCGUCCGAGACAUCAACUCCCACGACGCCACCAUCAAAUCCCUCGACUUCCACUCUCCCUUCACGCUCAAGGCCACGAGUGACAAGACCGAGACUGUCCGAGCAUUCUUGACGCACUUUGACACAUUCUUCUCUCCUCGCUCUGGGGCUGAUUCCCACUACCCCACUUCGCACCCUGUGUCCAUCGGUCAGUUCGGGGACGACGAGUACCUCAAGCCCGUUGAGCCUGUUGUGCCCUCUUCUGCCGAGGCCGGCGUCACGGUUAGCUUCACGACAGGACCCAGGGGCAAGUACACCCACUGGAAGCAAGUUGCCUUCCUUCUGCGCGACCCUAUCCAGCUUGCUCAGGGAGAGGAGAUCACUGGUCAAUUCAGAUGUAAAAAGUCGUCGACAAACUCGAGAGAGCUGGAUGUGGAGAUCUACUGGAAGAAGGGCGUGGAAGGUCAGACAGGUGACGGAGAGUACACUUGCCAGGCUUUCAAGGUUCGAUAA